UGAAAAAGAAGUGACGUUCGUCGCGUGGUUCCAGCUUGGCUGGGACGAUCGGAUGCCGAGGAGGAAGUGGAAGGCUGUUUGACCUUCGCCUUCAAAAUUGGACACCUGCCCGGACGUGAAAUUCUACGAGACGGACUCAGCCUAACAAGCAGCAGUAACUCUUCCAUUUCAGGUACUCUUCCAAGGGGCGGAAAAUUCUAAACCAUGUUUUGCUGCGGCUGCGGAACAGAGUCCGAGGAAGCGAAUUUGGACAGGCAGAACGUGAACCAGCAGGCACAGCAGAGACAAGCGCAGCAACAAAACAUGGUUGCCCAAGCACAACAGCAGCAAAUGCUCGCGCAAGGUCAAAGGCAGCAAAUACCUCCGUCCGAGGGAGAGGUUGCACCCGAGUUUUCGGUUGCUGCACGAGGUGGUGAAAGCUACGCACAGUCGUACGCAAGCAACGUAUCGAUGAAAACUGCCCAGUAUGGCGCCGCCUUAGACCAAGGCGUCAGCGCAAGUUCAUGCUCAAGAAAGCAAAGCAUAGCCCCAGAAGAUCUGAUUCGCGGUGGGCCUUUUGCUGCUGCUGCCCUUGGAGGCGGUGCUCCCGGCGCCCAAGGUCCUGCUGAUGUCGCCAGGAGGAGGUCUCUCGCCGGUGCUGCAACACAGCCUUCCAGAACUUCUCUCAAGGAAGAGCCGGUUCAGAAAGGAGAAUCCGAAACUACCUACUGUUCUUGCCCAAUGUAUGAAGUGAACAUGCUUACAGUACCAGAGAGCACUACCGAGGUAUCAGAGGAGAAGCCCUGCAAGGUUAUAACGAAAGAAACCGUGUCCCGGCGUACCUUCAAGUACAAUAUUGACCUUGACCUCCCAAGAGGAAUGCACAUCAAUCCACGUGGGAAGCUUGUACAAGACCAAGGCGCUUCUGUCGGCGAAUUUCGAUUCGACAAACCGGGUUACGUUGGGCAGCCCCCCGACAUGGGAUUUCAACCACCUGCAGCGCUGCCUCAAGCGCAGUAUCUUCCUCAGCAGCCACCGCUUCCACAACAGCUACCGAGUAUCCAGAGGCCGCUGUCGCCACAGCCAAAAUAUGAACCGGCUUCGGCAAUGCCUCCCACAUACGCUCCCCCGAUGACCUAUGUCAAGGCCGUCACAGAAGAAAAACCUGGAUACAGCGCUACGAACAUCUCAGCUCAUGUUUGCUCUAGCCCAACAUCGCAGCUCCCACGGCAGAAACCACCGUUGGGAUACCCUUUUGAUGCACCACUCUCAACUAUGCCCCAGCAGCCAGUUCCUGCUGUUACAUCUAAGCCAGAUACGUCGGACAAGAUAGUUUUCAAGUGUACUUGCAAUAAGAAACACCGUGGUGAAUCCAAAGAGUGUAAGCCUGGCGAGAAUGGCCUCGUUCAAGUCGAGAUUACGUGUAAAAGAUGUAAGAAACAAAAAACGUAUUUGGUAUGCAGCGCUUGCUACAACGCAAACCGCAUUCGGUAUUGCAAAGAGUGCAAGAAUCGGCCAAAAGCGGACGACUGCUACGUUUAUAUCCGAGCAAUGGUGUCCAGCGCAGAAAAUCUCCAAACCGGCGAGGGCGGCAUCCAGGGAUUCAAUCCGCAAACGAACAUUACAGUGAACCAGGGUCCGCCACAGUAUAAUCAAAUGCAAUGUGAAGCCGAUAAUUCGAGGUUCCAGGGAGCCACGGCAAGGGCGAUCGACGAAGACCAAGGAAACCAAACUUUGGUCCGCAUUUGUUGCCGCAGUCGCACACAGUUGACGAAGAGCGCAACGAACUUGAACCCCGAUAAUGCAGUUGCACGUGGAAGGACGUACGAAAAUCCCUCCGUUGGCCAGCCGAACACUGGAUAUUGCAAGUCUCAGGAAUAUCCCGGGAACCCCUACUCUCAGGCUCCACGGCCAGUCACAUCUACGGGCAUAGUUCUAGGUAUAGAGUUGAAGCAAUCCCCAGACACAGACACAACUUCAACCGCUGUUUCGGGAAAGUCGUCUGCCAAGUCGUCCGCUAAAUCGUCGACUGCAACAACCCCAAAAGGGAUGCCGAAAAAGGCAAGCAACGUUGGUAAUGUCAAUCCUAUGCCGAACAUGCGCUGAGUUCAAUGCGAAUGGUUCGUACUCUACACCGUCACUACACUAUUAAGCAAUGACCAAUAAAAGAAAUUCGGUUUCUGAA